CCCUCAACCAAUUUCGUCAUUUCCAAAGCCUUGCCCAACAGGUGAACAACACCCAGCAAAACCCAGCCUCGAUUUCAUCGAAACAUCACAUAUAAUUACAUAUAUCUAUAUAUGCAUACAAACUCACAUUCUUACUCUCUAUAAUCUGCUCCUUCGCUUGCGAUAAAGUCGAGGAAAGUUCUGGUCUUUCUUAGGCAUCAUUCUGAUCUUUUCAUCUACUCAUCUUCUGUGGAAAUGGCCUCAAUCACAGCUCCUACCAUGCAAUUGGCAAAAGGUCAACUUUGCUUUACUGCCUCUGGUAAAGUUUCUCAGCCAAGCAUUGGGAAUUUCAGUACAGAAGUUAAAGGAGCAUCAUGGACUAGUCUUAAGAGCUCCUGUUAUAUAUCAUCAGCAAGAUCCUUGUCUUACAACCUAACUCAUACUCCAGUAAAAUCUGAGAGGUUGGUCACCAAAGCAAUGUCUGAAGCAAGUGAUUUGAAGCCCCUCCCAGGAUUGCCAGUUGAUUUGAGAGGAAAAAGGGCUUUUAUAGCCGGUAUAGCGGAUGAUAAUGGAUAUGGAUGGGCAAUUGCGAAAUCCCUUGCUGCUGCAGGUGCUGAAAUUCUUAUUGGUACAUGGGUUCCUGCACUAAACAUAUUUGAGUCAAGUCUAAGGCGCGGGAAGUUCGAUGAAUCGCGGGUGUUGCCUGAUGGUUCACUCAUGGAGAUCACUAAAGUGUACCCAUUAGAUGCAGUUUUUGACAGCCCUGAGGAUGUUCCGGAAGAUGUGAAGGCAAACAAACGUUAUGCAGGGUCGUCAAAGUGGACAGUCAAGGAAGUUGCUGAAUCUGUCAAGGAAGAUUUUGGUACCAUAGACAUACUGGUUCACUCACUUGCUAAUGGACCAGAGGUCACCAAACCACUCCUCGAGACAUCGAGAUAUGGAUAUCUUGCUGCCAUCUCGGCUUCUAGCUAUUCCUUUGUUUCUUUACUCAAACAUUUUGUCCCAAUAAUGAAUCCAGGUGGUGCUUCGAUUUCCCUAACCUACAUUGCCUCUGAAAGGAUCAUACCUGGGUAUGGCGGAGGCAUGAGUUCGGCAAAGUCUGCUCUGGAGAGUGACACAAGAGUUCUGGCCUUCGAAGCUGGAAGGAAGCAUAAAAUCAGAGUCAACACAAUCUCCGCAGGCCCAUUGAGAAGCCGUGCUGCUAAAGCAAUUGGUUUCAUCGAUAUGAUGAUCGAUUACUCCACAGAGAAUGCGCCCUUGCAAAAAGAACUAUCCGCAGAGGAAGUGGGGAAUGCGGCUGCUUUUCUGGCAUCACCGCUGGCUUCGGCCAUAACUGGAGCUGUUGUGUAUGUUGACAACGGUUUGAACGCAAUGGGAGUUGGAGUUGACAGCCCAGUAUUCAAAGAUCUUGACAUCCCGACAUACAAAGAGCACUGAAGAUAAUGGCUGCCAGUCCUGUAACAGUGUCUUCUUGUCUUCAAUUUACAGAUUCUGAGUUUAUAGACAAUAAUGCAUGCCAUCCCAUCUUCUAUAAGGUUUUAGAGAAAGUUGUUAUGAUAUGACUGUUUAGCUUUGACAUUUGCUUAAGCUAUCGGAUUACUAGCCUUCGAGUUUUAAGAUUUACUAGAUGUAGUCGCCUUCUAUCAGUUUAUUAUGGUGGCAAUGCAUUCUUAUUGGACCAAUCUAUGGUUUUUCUGUGCUGA